ACAAUGAACACCAGAAGAAGUACGAAAACAAGAGGAGAACGAUAAUGAAGAAUAAGUUGCAUCAAUAUUUCGCUGUCUUCUGCUAUUUAAUUCCAACUUUCUGUAUUUAAUGUACCAUUAUAAGCUUUGAUAGUAUUCCCUAGUUUGUCUUUAACACAGAUUUUGCCCCGGUUUACCAGCAACAGCAGCCCGAAGAAGACCUGUUAGCCGCAGAGCUAACGGAGAAGCUAACUGUUUCCUUUAAGGAUAAAUGGAACAAAAGGAGACGUUUCAUUGAAAAUAUUGGACAUUUAUUCAAGUCCUUCUCGGACGAGCAAACACGCCAAGAGUCGGUUUUCCACAGCAUCAUGUCUGUCAUCACAUGGGAGGUCGUUGGCGAUCACUUUCUCAUCAACCAAUCAAGCAACUCCAUUCUUGACUGUAACGAAGGCAAUGCAGUGGAGAAGCUGGAGGAGCCAGAAGCUCAACUAAUUAAAGAAGAAGAGAUUGAAGUCUGCAUCAUUCAGGAGGAAGAGCGGGUUGAUGUGAAGAAGGAAACUGACGCAUGUAUUCUGACUUCCACCUGUGAGGAAACGUUUCACGGUGAGCCAGAACUCCAGCAGAUGUUGGGGAAAAAGGAAGAACCAGAACAAAUUGAUAAGGAACCAGCUGAAGGCAGUGCCUUCCAGGAAGGUGACCAGCCAGGAGUGAAGCAAGAGACGGACACUGUCAUGGUGACGCCUUCUUGUGAACCAGAACCAAACAACGACAUCGUAAUAGACAGAAACUUUUCUUGUGAAGUUUGUGGUAAAAGCUUUACUAAAUCUAACUACCUGACUGAUCACAUAAGAACCCACUCAGGUGAAAAACCCUUCUCAUGUCUGACCUGUGGGAAAGGUUUCACUCAGAAAACUAACUUGAUUGUACACAUGAGAACCCACACUGGCGAAAAGCCCCAUUCCUGUCAAUUAUGUGGGAAGUCUUUCAGAGCCAGCGGCCAUUUGGCAAGCCACAUGAGAACUCACACGGGGGAGAAGCCUUUCUCAUGUUUGGUCUGUGGGAAAGGCUUCACCCAGCAAAGUAACUUGACUGUUCACAUGAGAACUCAUUCUGGAGAAAAACCUUACUCCUGUGAUGUUUGUGGGAAGGCCUACAGUGACAAAACAUACUUAAAUGAUCACAUAAGAAGUCACACAGGCGAGAAGCCUUAUUCUUGUAAAGUGUGUGGUAAAUCCUUCAGUAACCGGAGUCCUUUGACCAACCACAUGAGAACUCACACAGGUGAGAAGCCGUAUCACUGCAAAACCUGUGGGAAAGCUUUUAGCGACUGUAGCAAUUUGGCUAAGCAUAUGAGAACCCAUACAGGUGAAAAGCCCUACUACUGUAAUGUUUGUGGUAAAGCUUCUAGUGACAGCAGCAGCAUGGCUAAGCAUAUGAGAACCCACACAAGUGGGAAGCUCUAUACUUGAUAAGUUUGUUGAAGUUCUUCCAGAAAUAAUUAGCAGAUGACAUAAAAACAGUUUUUAUUCUGUCUGAGCUGUUGAAUAGCUUCUAAAUCCAUCUCCAGGUGCCUACCUGCUGCCGGUUGUGGGGUUCAUGUUGGACAGCACAGGACAAACAGCCACCGGGUUCAUUAUCAAACACAUUUAUUCCCUGUGGGGUCGUGAGAGUGCAGGUGCCUUCCUCCAGCAGUGAGGUGGGAUCACUCUGGACAUGUCGCAGUCCAUCUCAACUUUAUUUAAAUUGAUUUAUUACAAUUUUGUAGUAACAAUCAUAAUAAUAAUUUGAAAAAAAAAUCAAAACUUUUCAGGUUCAAAAUUCUUUCAGUUAAAUUUUUUUUUCAAUUUCAAAAAGUGUUUUCAAAUAAAAAAAUCUUUUGAACAAGCUUCAUGGCCACAAUUUAUCUCCAUAGAUUAUCUUUUAAAUGUGUGAGGAGUAAUUCACUCCCAGAGAGAAACUGCUUACGUUUCAAAGUUAAGGCAGGGAAUGUUCUAGAAAUGAACAAAAGGAAUAUUUUAUUUCACCACUAUGACAAAACCACUUACUGCUUAUUCAAAGUGCCUUACUGGUGGUGCAUUACAAUCUCAUUGAUGUAUCUCUGGUCCUUUUCCUUGUCCAGGUUGUUAAAAAUGUAGUCAAGCUUGUUAACUUCCUACCUGGAUCAUUCAUUCUGCAUACUGAGUAGAAAUUGCCCCAAUUUCCUUUUUUUAAUCUGGUCUUAAUUUUCAAGGAUCAAAAAAUGCUUGAAACUGACAUAUCUGGUCCAUAACGCUUUUUCCCAAAUUUCUGUAAUCACAAAUCAUUUCUAAAGAAAAUCCCAACAAAUGUUGCUGCAGUGAGAGGAAUUUAGAUUUCUGGUUGGUUUUGUUGUGAAAAUGGGACAUAUUAUGGGGCUUGCAUCUGUAUAUUCCUUUAGCUUUUUUCUUAGUGUAUAACAGACAUGUUUAAUUAUUUUUCACUUAAAAAAUCCUUUAAGUCGACAUUUUUUCCCUUGAAGCCUUUUAUAAAGGCUGAAUUUUAUUUGAAUCUGUAUUAGUUAUUUUUAUCUGCGGAUAUUAUGUGUAUCUUGUGUGAAGAACAUUGUGUAUUUUUUUGCAUUUGCACUUUUAUUAUUCUUUAACAGUAUUUAUAAUAUCUUGAUGGAAGACACUGUUUGUGUGAAAUGUGUGUAAAUCCACCUAGACUUACUUCUAACUCCGGUUUGUUUCUGGCAUUACACCCCCCUCUAGUGGACAAAUAAAGAAAUGAGUUAAA